AUGUCUGACCGGAGACUGCAGUCCUCUCGCGACGACCGACGCCGGGAUCAUGAUGGAGGCGAUCGCCGCGACCGCCGUCGAGAUGGCCACCGCUCGAGGUCACCACACCACCGUCGCCGUGACGGCCCCGAGAUAGACAGCUACUCUAGUAGCCGCAACUACCGUGAGCGAGAGCGCGAAGAGCGUUAUGGACGUGGCGACCGCGAUGGAGGAGACGACAGAGGCUGGGGCAGAGAUCGCGGUUCGGCUCGCCGAGAUGCCAGACGUGACGACGACCGCGACAACAGACGUCGUGAUCGUGAUCGCAGAGGCGAUCGUGAUGACCUAGGCGAGGACCGAGACCGCGGCCAGGAUCGCGAUGAUAUGCGACAGCUCGAGCGCCAGACCGCACGCAAGAGCGCCUCACCUCCACCCAAAAAGCCAAGAGAGCCGACUCCUGACUUGACAGAUGUAGUGUCCAUCUUGGAGCGUAAGCGCCGUCUGACACAGUGGGACAUCAAGCCACCUGGCUACGAGAAUGUUACUGCAGAACAGGCGAAGCUUUCCGGCAUGUUCCCACUCCCAGGUGCUCCCCGACAGCAGCCAAUGGACCCUCAGAAAUUGCAAGCGUUCAUGAAUCAGCCCGGUAACCAAGCUAGCAGCACCGCCUUGAAGCCAUCUUCUGCUCGCCAGUCCAAGCGUCUUCUAAUUCACAACAUCCCAGCAGCUGCUACAGAUGACAACAUUGUCGACUUCUUUAACCUGCAGCUGAAUGGACUGAAUGUCACCCGCGGUCAAGAUCCAUGUGUCUCUGCUCAGAUCAGCAAGGAGAACGGCUACGCUUUGGUAGAGUUCAAGACUCCAGAAGAUGCCACCAAUGCCAUGGCUUUCGAUGGCAUCAACAUGAUGCCGGAUGCCAUGGACACUAACGGCGACUCUAAUGGUACAGCCAAGGGUCUUCAGAUCAAGCGGCCGAAGGAUUACAUUGUCCCUAACGUCACCGACGAGACCGAGAAUCCAUCCGGAAUUCUCUCUGGUGUGGUGCCAGAUACUCAGAACAAGAUCUCCAUCACCAACUUGCCCACUUUCUUGGGUGAGGACCAAAUCCAAGAGCUGCUCAACUCCUUUGGCGAGCUUCGCAACUUCGUCUUGGUCAAGGACACUUCCACCGAGGAGAGCAGAGGCAUUGCUUUCUGCGAGUACAAGGACCCGUCUGUCACCAAGACAGCUGUGGAAUCACUCAAUGGUAUGGAGCUUGGCGAUGCUGCCAUGAAGGUCAAGCUUGCCAGUAUCGGAAUCCAGCAGGUGCCAGGCGAGAUGAGCGUUAAUGCUAUGAGCUUGAUGGCCGGCACGCAAGCAGAGGGCACGGAGAAAGGACGUGUCUUGUGCUUGAUGAACAUGAUUACACCAGAAGAGUUGAUGGAUGCUGACGAGGCCGAUGAAAUUCUCGUUGACGUCAAGGAGGAAGUUUCCAAAUAUGGCCCACUCCUGGACGUCAAGAUGCCCCGACCAACUGGCGGUUCACGUCAAAACAAUGGCAUUGGCAAGAUCUAUCUCAAGUACGAGUCACCGGAUAGCGCUGCCAAGGCUCUUGCCGCGCUUGCUGGUAGAAAGUUUGCCGACCGCACGGUGGUCGUCACAUACUUCGGCGAGGAGUACUUUGAUGUCAAUGCAUGGUAA